AUGUCUCGCCGAUUUGCUCUUAUUGCUCUGUUAUUCUCUGUUUCUUUUGCUCAGUCCACAACUCAGCAAUCACAACAAAUCAGUUUGGAUCCAAAUGCAGGUUCACUCAAACUUCGCAUCGUAUUCCAACCUGAUCAACAGCCACAGGUUCAACAGUCCCCGUGUUCCACUGGCAAUUGCCAAUCAACCCCAACUUUGAGCCCAUGUGCUUCUGGAAACUGUGGCGCUAUCCGUCAACCAGUUCAAGCUUCCCCAUGUUCCACUGGAAAUUGCAAUGGACCCGUUGCCGGAUCAGCUAACAUUGUUCCAGCUAAUGAUGUCUCGACCUACACGACCACGACCCCAAUGCCAGUGACCAUCCGAACUGCUCCAAUUGUCACUUCCAACACUGCUUCAAUUAAAGUGAUCCGUAUUCCAUCAUAUUCCAACUCUUACUCUUCUGGAUGCUUCUCCCCACCAUGCGGAGCUCCAAGAUUCGUCUUUGCUCAGCCACCAUGCUUCGGAAACUCGUGCGGACCAAGAUUCAUGUUCCCACGUCGUCGUCAUCACUUCUUCGGAGGACAACGGCCAAUUAUCAUUGGAAAUAGAAACAAUGGAAACACAGUGAAUGGAGGAAAUAUUGCCAUUCCAGACACCAUCUACAGAAAUGGACAAGCAAUCAGAGCUCCAAUCCGUGUUCCAAGCAGCUAUCAAGAUGGAAACCCAGUCUUCAACACUGGAAAGUAA